CAGCAAAGCUGAGCUCAGAAGGGACCUCAGUGCUGGGAGAGAGUGGCUGCAGUGACAGCACCACACACUGCUCCCAUCCCUGCUGCACGGGAGGGGCUCAGAGCUGGGAAACAGCUCCUGCCCUUCCUCUGCUCUGCUCACCUCCCUGGGGUGAGACCUGGGCAGCAACAUCUGCUGGGAUACACCUGGAGAGCAUGGAAAGGUGAUUUGAAGACAAGGAGCUGCCUGGGGGUCCCUAAACCUGAUAUUCUGAACACCUAAACCUGAUAUUCUGAGCACCUAAGCCUGAUCUGCUGAGCACCUAAGCCUGAUCUGCUGAACACGUGAGCCUGACAUCCUGAGCAUCUAAGCCUGGUAUUCUGAACCUGAGCCUGAUAUUCUGAACACCUGAGUCUGAUAUUCUGAAUUUAAGCCUGACAUCCUGAGCAUCUAAGCCUGAUAUUCUGAACCUAAGCCUGAUAUUCUGAACACCUGAGUCUGAUUUUCUGAAUUUAAGCCUGACAUCCUGAGCAUCUAAGCCUGGUGUUCUGAGCACCUGAGCCUGAAAUCCUGAACAUCCUAGUCUGAUAUUCUGGACACCUAAACCUGAUAUUCUGAGCCUAAGCCUGAUCUGAACACCCGAGCCUGAUCUGCUGAACACCUGAGCCUGACAUCCUGAACCUAACCCUGACAUGCUGAACCCAAACCUGACAUCCUGACUACCCAGCUGAGCUCCAAGUUGGAGGGGGAUACCAAAGCCCACUGAGCAGCCCAUCACAGCCACCACAGCCACCCCUUGGGACCUCUUGGGAUCGGAAUUUUGGGAAAAACAACAGCAAAAUUCAGCAGGACUCUGGAUUCUAAACCAAAAUAAAAAUUACUGCCAAACUUCCAGCAGAUCUGCUUUGGGAGAGGCUGGGAAAAGCAUCUGAAAGGAAGCAAAUUGUGUUGAGCAGGGAGCAGGGAGACCUUUCCUUGCUGCCCCACGAUGAUCUCUGCCUGAGGGCUCCUGAAGGAGACAGAAGAACCCUUUGCAAGCUCCUUCCCACCUCUGCCAGACCAAAAGCAAGGAAAUACUUUUGGAGAAGAGCGUGGCUCGGUGGAUCUCCUUGAAGGAUGCCCGGCCAGGAGCCUGAGGACUUUGGAGCAGAAAUCCCGUCAGAAAAAUCCCGAAUGAUCCCUGGGCUCCCCCCGUACGACAUGGACGAGCAGCUCCUGCCCAGGCAGCCCCGCAGCCCCUGCUGCUGCCUGGCCUGGACCCUGCUGAUAGGAACCAUGAACUGCCUGGUUUUCCUCCUGAAUUUGCUCCUGAUGUUUGUGAUCUUCACCGUCGUGCUCCUUCCUACCAUCGUGGUGGUUUACUUUGGCUUCCAGUGCCACUCCCAGGUGCUGCACUCCUCCGCCCGCUACUGCAAGAGCCUCCUGGACGACAACAGCUCCUCUGCCCUCAUCAUCCUGGGCUUUGUCAUCAUGUCCCCGCUGCUGGUGGUGGCCAUGGCCAUCUACUGCAGCCUGGCCCGGCGCCUGCAGCUGCUGGUGUGCUUCCAGCCCUACAGCCUGGCCCUCUACAAGGGGGGCCGCUGCUGCUGGGCCAGGGGCUGCAGCCGCCAGCUCAAGGCCUGGGUGUGAGCCUGCAGCACCAGCGGGGUCCCCUCCCUGUGCCCCACCAUCAUCAUCAUCAUCAUCAUCCUCGGCCCUCCGCGGGGAGGUGCCGCUCCUCGGCCUGGGCACACUGUGGUGUAUCUCAAAAAAUCCCAAAAAUAUCCCAAAAAUAUCCCAAAAAAUCCCCAAAUUCUGCAAUGGAGUGGAAACACACGUGGGACAGGUGUGGGGAGGGCAGGGCAGCUUCAUCCUCCUAAAUCAAGGAAAUCACCCUCUGGAUUAUCCCCAGAAUCCCAGGGCAGCUUCAUCCUUCCGAAUCCCCCUCUGGUUUAUCCCCAAAAUCCCCAAAAUCUGCAACAGAGUGGGAGACACAGAGUGGGACAGGUGUGGGGUGGGCAGGGCAACUCCAUCCUCCUAAACCACUCUGUGAUUUAUCCCAAAAAUCCCCCAAAUCUGCAAUGGAAUGGAGACACAGAGUGGGACAGGUGUGGGGUGGGCAGGGCAGCUUCAUCCUCCUAAAUCAAGGAAAUCACCCUGUGCUUUAUCCCAAAAACCCCAAAAAUCUGGAACAGAGUGGAGACACAGCAUGUGACAGGUAUGGGGUGGGCAGGGCACCUUCACCCUUCCAAAUCCCCCUCUGGUUUACCCCAAAACUCCCCAGGCAGCUUCAUCCUCCUAAAUCACCCUGUGGUUUAUCCCAAAAAUCCCAGGGCACCUUCAUCCUUCCAAAUCCCCCUGUGGUUUACCCCCAAAAUCUGGAACUGACUGGAAACACAGGUGGGAGAGGUGUGGGGUGGGCAGGGCAGCUCCAUCCCCCCAAACCCUCUCUGCUGUUGUUUUUGGUGUUGUUUUUGGUGUUGUUUUUGGUGUUGUUUUUGGUGUUGUUCCUGCCAUCACUGCCUGCUGUCCCCUUUGUCCCCUUCAGAGCCAUUCCCAGUUUUCUGUACAAAUAAAGUUUGUGCCCAACCCCUC